CCUCAGCCGGCAUCAUUUACCUAUCCUACUUCUAUACCUAUACCUAUGUAUUGCCCACCACGUGGAAGAUCUCCUAGCACAUCGGCCACUUUGUCUCCUUCUCCUUCUCCAAAUGGUACACCUCCAAGUGUAUCUAAUUUGCACCUUAGAGAUAGCAGCUCUGAGCCUGAAUCACUGCCAUCCAACCAGUCUCAAACCCAUCUUCGCCCUCCUGCACCUGCUCCUGCACCUGUACCGGCUCCUAUACAGGCACCGAUAUAUCAUGGUUUACAUCCGGGAGAUAGAGAUGCGAUGGGUCGGAUUUUCAUCGUGCCUGAGGGAGUUGGGUUCUAUCCAGAUCACGACACUACAAAAGUCUUGCUGGAUGUUGUUCGGAGGCUUUAUGGUUAUCAUUUUUAUACUUCAUGGGGUGAAAUCCCAUAUGAUACUCGACAGGCUAUGUUUAGAGAGUUUAACGUAUGUAUCUUAUUAUACAUUUCAUAACUUGAAUUUACUUUUAUAUAAAUCAUCUAACAUUAGCUAUUUGAUUUGCAGAUGUAUUGUACAUGGGAUCCAAUGGACAAAGAUAGGGUUGCUGCAAACUUUGAGAGGAAGGGGAGUGCAAGGUUGUCUGAUUGGUUUUCGAGGGCUAGAAAGUAUAUGAAGAUGCCCUAAUGGCUAAACGCUGAACAGUGGGAGAAACUUAAGGCAUAUUGGCGAACUCCUGAGUUUAUCGCCAAGUCUGAGCAGGCAAAGGCUUCCCGUGCAUCCCAGAAAGAUGGCUCUUUGCACACUGUGGGUGCAAGAAGUCAGAGGCACGUGGCUAGGACAAUGGUAAGUAAUUUUAUACUUUUAAAGUUACCUACGAUCAAUAUAUCAUUAUUGAGUUAUUAAUUUUAUGUUUAACUUUUUUUUUUUUUUUUUGCAGAAAAAAGCUACGGGACAGAUGCCAACUCAGGAUCAGCUAUUCCUAAAGACCCACAAAAAAAAAAAAAAAGCAGGAGUUGGAUCCAACCGUAUGGGUUGAGGACAGGGCUUAUAAU